CCGACUCAGGGUCAGCACACAUGGCAACUUCCGAGGCCUUACGAGCACCACAUGACAAAGCAAACCCAGACGCAGCCUUUUCAAUCUCUCUCGUGAUCCGCUUCCCGCAUUCCCGCUCUCAGAAGUGCUCGCACGCAGCGCAGGAUUCUGAUGUAAGACUGAGACUAGGCGACUACGCAGCCAGCAUGGUCAAGCGCGCAGCGCGCCCAAAACCCGGCAACGGGACUAGUCACACGCGAAGCCGGAGUCGUCCUCGCAACCACGAGCGCGUUCCUGGACCGUCCGCAGCAACCCAGUCUGUGUCUAGGGCUAAGAGUAUUGCACAGUGGAGUGGUACUUGGAGCGCGGCGGAGGCGGACCGAAGGCAUUUGUCACGGCCUGGGCAGAGCACUGCUUGCCCGACCGCACACGAGCCCGGAAACCAUCUACCGAUUGCCUGUUUGAGAGUGUACUGCAGAGUGGUCAAUCGUUAG